AUGACUCGUGGAACUGCCAAGGGAACGUCUUCCAGGAGUCCUGGUAAAGAUGUUCACUUGAUAAGGAAACAAGAAGAAGUAUUACAAGAAUCUCUUAUGAUGAUACCAGAUUGUCAAAGACGUUUACUCAAAGCUUUUGAAGAUUUGAAAAAAAUGAUUGAUGCUGAAGAAAACUUUGAUGACACUGAAGCAUUUUUUGAAGCUAAAAAUGUUUUAAAGGAAGCAGAAAUUCAGAUUAAUAAAGAUGCAUGUAUUAUUUGAAACAGUUUAGCCUUAAAACGUUCUCAAAUAUAAAAAAC